CAAAGUACAAACCAGCCAAGGGUCCAAAAAGAAGCCCAAAUCCAAUCCUUGGCUAGUUUUUACUUUCAAAACCCACAUGGGCUUUAAAUUAGUAGCCCAAUUUAGCUGGAAAACAGCAAACCUGGCAAACCCUGACCCCCAGGUUUCUCCCAUUCAUGAACAAACCCAUAAAGGAAGCGGCGGAGGGAAAAGCGUUUUGUCAGUGCGGCCGAGCGAUUGGGAGCUGCUUGCCCUCCCCCCAGGCCGCCUCUCAUUGGCUAAGCUCGCUGGGCUUAGGGGAGAGCCCCUCCCUUUGUGUCAGGGCAGCUGGAAGGUAUUUGAAUGUACAGUGGGGGGAUCUGAAGCCGCAGCAGCAACCGGAUCAUUUCCAUGGAGCGACUGUCUGGCAGCAACGAGCAGCUUCUUCUUCUUCUUCACUAGGACCCGACUCUCAGCGACCUCCCAGCACGUCCGACCCAGGAUGGUUCUGGUGCACGUUGGAUAUUUAGUUCUUCCAGUCUUUGGCUCCGUGCGGAACCGAGGUGCCCCAUUUCAGCGUUCCCAGCAUGCUCAUGCUACCUCCUGCCGUCAUUUCCACCUGGGCCCCCAGCCUCAGCUCCCAGACUUCUCUCUACAUCACCACCCUGUCCAGCCACAACCAGGAAUGACCACGCACAUGGCCACGGCCCACCAGCAUAAUGGGCCACUGCACCAGCCCCUGCCACCCCUUCCAGGCCUGCAAUUCCAGGAGGUGGCGGGACCCUCCUUCCUACCUCAGGCCCUGCACCAGCAAUACCUCCUCCAGCAGCAACUUCUAGAGGCCCAGCACCGCAGACUCGUCCCUCACCCAAGGCGUACUCAAGAGCGCAUGUCUGUCCAUCCUCACCGGUUACGCCCAGGCUUUGACUUCAGCCACCAACUACAAAUUUCUCAACCAUUGGGGCCUCGAUACUUGGCUGAAGGCACAGACUGGGACCUCAGCGUGGAUGCAGGUUUGACUCACGCCCAGUUCCAGGUUAGGCCGGUCCCACAGCAUUAUCAGCAUUACCUGACAACUCCACGAUUGCACCACUUCCCUAGGAGCACUUCUUCAACUCAGAUGGUCGUCCAUGAGAUCAGAAAUUACCCCUACCCACAGCUCCACCUGCUGGCGCUCCAAGGUCUCAGCCCGACGCGGCACACGUCUGCAGUGAGGGAAAGCUAUGAAGAGCUGCUACAGUUGGAGGACAGACUGGGGAGUGUGAGUCGAGGAGCAGUGCAGAACAUCAUCGAGAGGUGCACCUUUCCACACAAGUACAAGAAGAGGAUUCCACAUGAUUGGAAAGAUGCAAAAGAAGACGAGGAAGAGUCGGAUACAGAUGAGAAAUGCACAAUAUGUCUGUCCAUGCUGGAGGAUGGGGAGGACGUCAGGAGGUUACCCUGUAUGCAUCUGUUCCAUCAAGUGUGCGUAGACCAAUGGCUAGCGACGAGCAAGAAGUGCCCAAUCUGUAGAGUGGACAUUGAGACACAGCUUGGCGCCGACAGCUGAGACCGCCUCUUUCCUCUAUGUUGACGCACCAUUUUACUUAUCAGGUCAUGUGGCCAUCGCCUGCAGCAAACAUUUGCCUUCUGAGCCAUUUGAUAUAGAGCAAUGCCUGCGAGCACCGUAUCCUGACGAUGAGUUUGUGGGCCCAUAGUCAUUCUAGAGGAUCUUAACAGCCAUAAAGCCCCGAUGAUGAGAUUGGAAGCUGGUCUUCCCCAAGCCAAAGGGUCCGAGUGGUGAAGAGGACAAGAAGCCGUGAUGGUGAAGGUAUCCUGUUGUGGCCAAUCCUGUCCUUGAAGGGAUUGCUUGUAUAUACCUCUCAAAUCAUUAGCGCCCCCUAGGGGUCCUUAGCUAUUUCUGUGGAUGGCAACUGGAGCAUGUUCUUACUGAUUAACCCUAAUGUUCGGUGUUUGGUGCACUAGUCGCCCCGUGGUGGUGGACUUCUUCUUGCUCUUGCCCUCAUUUUGCACCAAAUAAUCAUUUUCCUGUGGAUCUGUUAUUUUUUUUAUGUUGAAUUAUGAUUUUGGUGCCUGAAUGAGCCGUUACGGUCAAAGCAAAAACAUCCGGACUCCUCAACUUCCACCGUAAGAGGAGGCCCCAAUCCUGUUUACAGUAAGAAAAGAAAAGGAUUGGGAGCCUCGCUGGGGUCUGCGUUUAUUUAUUUGCUUCGGUUUAUGUUUACAGUGGGGGCGUUACUAAGGUGGGGGGGGCCUCAAAUGAACAAAACCUUUCUGUCUAUAAUGAAGGAGUCGCUGGGUUCUGCCCGCUGAUGCUGGAUUCCACUUAAAUAAGCACAAAACAUUCUGCCAUAUUUGUCCUCAAAUGUCUCAGGCCGUAGUGUCUCGCGAGAGCGCCCGCUAUGGACGCAAACAGAUGCAGGAACCUGUCGUCUUUGGUCAACACAAGCCUCCCCAAAAUUGUGAUAGAAACACCAAAAAGGGAGCACUUUGUACUGCCAUAACUGUCCUCUUGGUACUCCCACACCCAACAGAACCAGAGUGCCGCCAUCUUGCCCUAGGCCAACAGCAAGGGGUAAUUUUUAGGGAUGCACCAAAUCCAAACCCUUAUUUACAUAUUCAAAUAUGAACAGACUAAUUGGCAAAAAAAAAUGGACUUUCAUUCUAAAGUCCCCUGACUUCGAGUAUUUGGAAACCUGGAUCUGGUGCAGCCCCAGUAAUCUGAUAGCACAAUAGAAUUCUCAGUCUUGCCUCUAGAAUUGGACCCAUCAGUAUUACCGCAUUAGGGUUAGGUUCCAGGCAUUGAGCUUUAUACCAAAAUGUGCCAAAAAAUGGGAAGGAGCGAAGGUUAGUCAUGUGAUUCUUUGCUUGUCAUGGCAGUCGAAGUUAAAAAAAAAGGGGGCGGUACUUUGGGAAGAUCAUUGGGGAUGUCCGAAAUGGUGCUUAUAUUAUAAAAAGCUAUUCCGAUUAGCCGGUCACCAUUAAUCCUGGGACCCAGUUCCCACAUGCACUUGAAAUUAAAUACUCCUGGUUGCUUAACCAAUGAGAGACAAGGGAAUCAUUAAAAGGCCAAAUCUACCUUUAAAGGAUAAGUAAACCUUGAAAAUAAGUGAAUGUAAAAUUGAUGAGGGAGCUAUUCUAAGCACUUUUGCAAUGUACAUUCAUUAUGUAUUUCGUUUUAAUUCCAAGAUAUUAAGGGAUAC